CUACCUACCGGUGCACGUCAUCAGCAUGGCCAGGGUUGCUGGGGUGAUGUCCAAUUCCCCCCUCAACAGGCUGCUGUCCCAGGUCUCCCAUCUACUCUGCUACGCCAACUCUGCCGUCAACCCCAUCAUCUACAACUUCAUGAGCGACAAGUUCCGACGCGAGUUUCACCGCGUGCUGUCGUGCAGUGGCAGUGCAGCUUGUGCAGUGGAACCUGCCACGUGUCUUCACUACCGCACUGCAACUUCCAGACUCACAUGGCGAACUCAUAAACUCUAGAGAGAAACGCACAAUUUUUUGGAAAAUCCAUUCUGAAAAGGACAAAAAGUU